GUCAAAAGUUUGCAAAACUUGAGUGAGGUUUUAUUGUUUUUUUUUCCAAAAAGGUGCUCUUUUUAUUAUCCUUGUUUUUCUCUCAAAAAGGGAAGAAUUUUACUACUUUACAUCACAUUUUACACAGAUAUCUCUGCCUUUUCCACUGAUAAGUUAAAAUUGUUCAUUUAUUAACGGAAUAGAGUGAUAAAUAGAGUUUGAAAACAGGAAGAGGAAAACUUCAAUGCCAAGAUGCGAUCGGCUAUUGUGAGAAGAUCAUCCAAUUCAACGGAAGGAAUUGAUGACACAGAUAGUCCUGAUAGCUUUGAACAGGGUAGCCUAACUAUAAAUCCAACGCAAAAUGAUGAUACAGAGUCAGGCAACUGGCGUCGUGUGAGAAGAAAGUCUCCCCCCAGAGCACAAGCACCGAAGCUCCAGUUUGAGAUUCCAGCAGCAAAAAUCCUCCCAACAGAGAAGGAUAAUACAAAUUGCAAGAAAUACGUCAAUUAUGAACUUCGUGUCACUCUGGGGCGCUAUGUAGCACCAGAUCCACACCCAGCAACAAUUGACAGGCGCUACACGAACUUCCUGAUGCUCUACAAUGGUCUCCGGAAGGAUCAUCCGGCGCAAAUGCAGGGGGUUUACUUUCCCAAAAAGUGCUUAAUGGGGAACUUCUCACCGGAUCUCAUUGCUGAGCGUGGAGGUGCAUUUGAGGUGUUUCUGGAUCACAUUGUGUCACACUGGGAAUUGCGGGAGUCACCGCAUUUUCUGAAUUUUCUGCAAAGUAUCGAGCUUGAGCGGGCAUGUCGAUUGCUGGAUGAGCGAAGAAAUGAACAAGCUGUGCCAAUUUUGGAGAAUUGCUUUCGUUUACUCAAUAAGAUUUUCCUGGAUCACUCAAAGCCCGUUCUCCUCCUGCUGUGUCGCCUCGUAGCAGCUUGCACCACAUCCCCUCUGCCUCAUCCCUCAGCAGAAGAGUGGGCUGAAGUUGCUCUUCGAAGAUAUGAGAGCGUCUGUGACACGGACCUGUUGUCCUUGUAUGUACCCCUUCUUCAGACCUGCACCCAUCUGUGGUGGCAAAAGGGGAGAGACAACAAACUCCUUGAAGAUCGUCUGCGGGACUUCCAAAAGCAAGGCAUUAAAGUAUCCGGAACACCAACACUCACCCAAGCCAUCCAUACAUUGGAUCCUCGAGCCGAGACAACAUAGAACACGGAUAUCGCGUAAGUCCCAACUUAAUCUCUUGCCGAUCUGACACCCCAAACAUCACGUUAGAAAAAAAAUGGUUGUCCUCGCUUCUUAUUCGGGAAUCAUUUGGGAUCUCUCUUUAAUUUUAUCUCCUUGACUCGUUGUACUCAAUGUUGUUCAACUUAGAGAGCACUGCGUCCGCGAGGGGCCUAGCCCUCACGGACCAAAGGACGAGAGCGUCAAUUCAUCACUGAUAUGAAGAAUAUUUUUAUACACUCGAAAUUGACCAUCACAUUUUUAUUAUUAUUACAUAAUUUAAACAAAUAAAGUAUUAACGUAAAUCCA